UAGAGCUGGCUUCCUAGAGGGGAAGGGUGAAAGAGAUAGAAAGUCAUUCCUAUUGUGGUAGAGUUCAAGGAACAGAGCUGGCUUCUAGAGGGGGAGAGAGGAGUUUAGUCCUCCAGAGCAAAUCCACUUUUGUUGCUUCCCCUCUGAAAGAUCAGCUGUUCUUCUGCCUCCCCCCUUUCUCCCCCUUCUCCUCCAAUUGUGGAGUUGUCUGUCUUUGUUGCUCUUGGUGUGUGGAUGCAGCAAAAAUAUUUGCAGCAGAGGCAUAACGUAAAACAACAGACUUUAUAAAGUACAAUACAGGAGUUCUGGAAGAGCUGCAUGGAGAGCCUUUGAAUGGGGAAAGAAGAGUCAGUAGUGCUUUGACUCCACUGGAAGAUUAAUUGAUUGGAUCUUUUAAAAAUAUAAAUAUAAAUUAAGUAAGGAUCAAAGAUGUAUGAGGAAGACUUCAUUGGCCCUGAAGACGACAAAGGCUCUGAUACCAUCAAGAAUGAGGAAAGUGAGGAAUUCUGGGAAGAAAAGAUGCAGACGUUCCUGGGAGAAGAUAUUGUUAACUUGGACACAGAGCGACAACGCUUCAGGCAGUUGUCUUAUGAGGAGGCCGAGGGACCCCGAGAGGUUUGCAGCCUUCUUCAUGAUCUCUGCCGGCAGUGGCUGAAGCCGGAGAAACAGACCAAAAAUCAGAUGCUGGACCUGGUGGUCCUGGAGCAGUUCCUGAGCAUCUUGCCCCCGGAGAUGGAGAGCUGGGUCAGGCAAUGUGGGGCAGAGACCUCUUGUCAGGCAGUGGCCCUGGCAGAAGGUUUUCUCCUGAGUAAGAAAGAGGACAAGAAGUGGAAAGAGGAGCAGGUCACAAAACUGUCUCUGGAAUUUCACCCUGAAACCUCUGCAGCAGAGGGGGCUCUGUUGGACCCCAGGCAGAAUCUCCAUUGGAGGCAGAUCAAACAGGAGGCAGAUGGAGGGGACCCCUUGCAAGGGCCUAGAAUGACACAGCCAGCCAAUACUCAGUCACUACUACUUUGCUGUGAUGGAGGGGAACCAGAUCAGGAAGCAAUUAUCUUUGAGGAGGUGGCUGUGUCUUUCUCUGAGGAGGAGUGGGCCCUGUUGGAUACUAACCAGCGAGCCCUGCACAGGGACGUCAUGGAGGAAAAUCAUGGGCUCAUGGCCUUUCUUGGUAAGGCUCCUUCAUUGAUUAUGUUUCUGGUUUUAUUAUGCAGUAAUCACAUCCCCACGGAUAGUAACAGUGCUGCUUUGGAGAGGGACCAGUUUCCCAAAUCAUUCCAGUCACCAAGGACUCCUGAAGGCAGGGCCGAGGCAGUAGUGUCUCUCUGGAUGUUCUGAAACACCAGUUCCCAAUAACCCUCCCAAUAACCGGCAGGAUGUGCUCUGCAAUGGCUGCAGUUUAGGGAAGCUCUGAGAACUGCAGCUGCUGAUCGUGGCAAACUCCCUGCUUUACAUCGCUUGGGGAGCCCUAAUAUCCCCCCGAUAAAGGGGAUUCCGGGGGCCCUCUAUUUGCAAGGCAAGUCCCCUCCCAGAAAGGAGAGACAGUUAAAAUCGAAGUGGUUAUUCAGGGACUGCAAGGUCUGAAGGGAGACUGAGCCUGCAAGGGCAAGCCUAAAGCUGCGACCCAGCUCGGCGUUUCUGCUGAAUGCGGAUCCUCCCUGCCUUCUUGAGCAUUUAACAACUAAAGAAAGAAGGAAGAAGGGAAAACAUAAAAGAAUAAAACGCUGCUCAUUAGGAAGCCGCUUUGAUAGCUCCUCUCUUUACUGCUGCCCCCAAAUGGGGAAAGAUCCUGAGAGACUGUAAUGUGAGUUGUUUACAAUCGGAUUUGGAAUGAUUAUUU